AUGGCGCAAGCGGCCGAAGACAUGGAUUUCUGCACGUUGGGCAUGUUCAUCAUUGAUGAGAUCGAGUUCGCACCACCCAAGCCGCCCGUUAGGGACAUCCUCGGCGGUGCUGGUUCGUACUCAGCGCUGGGUGCGCGCAUAUUCUCUCCGCCCCCACGAUCCAAAGCAGUGGGAUGGAUUGUUGAUUGCGGAUCCGACUUCCCUGCUGCGCUUCGAGAGACCAUUGCUAGCUGGGAAACGGGUGUUCUCAUUCGCGAAACGCCCGAAAGAUUGACGACGCGGGGCUGGAACGGUUACGGCGAUAAUGAACACAGAGCUUUCCGUUACACGACCCCAAAAUUACGUCUUGACCACCAUGCGUUGGCUGAUACGCAGUUGCUCUGGUCCAAGUCUUUCCACCUCAUCUGCUCUCCACUGCGGUGCAUCGAUCUAGUGGAUAACAUCCUCGCACUGCGGAAUCAGUCCGGCCGUGCGCCGUCUCCUCGUCCGCUGUUCGUUUGGGAGCCAGUGCCUGAUCUCUGUAUUCCGGACGAGAUGCCUAAUUGCUUGCAAGCGCUUAGACAUGUUGACUGCGUCAGUCCCAAUCAUGCUGAGCUCGGUGGCUUUUUCGGAAGGGACACGAACGGCAAGGACCAUGUGAACUACCGUUUGAUCGAAGAGCUCUGCGAUGAAUGGCUGGAAAGCGGUAUUGGCGUGGAAGGGAAAGGUAGUGUCGUCGUAAGAGCUGGUAAAGAUGGCUGCCUUGUCACUCAGUCAGGGUCCAGAAAGUGGUUGCCUGCAUACCAUCAGCUGGCGCAAAACGUCGUUGACCCAACUGGCGGAGGCAACGGAUUUCUUGGGGGUUUAGCGGUGGGGUUAGUAAGAGGCAGAGGUGCUCCCGGGCUCAAGCGCAUCGAGGAGGCUGCCAUAUGGGGCGCUAUCUCGGCGAGCUUCGCCAUUGAACAAGUUGGCAUGCCCAUAUUAUCGCAUUCUCCACAGGGCGAGGAAACUUGGAACGGUGUUCUUGUCGAGGAUAGACUUUCAGAAUUCAAGGAAAGGCUGGGUAGAUAUAUACAGCCGUGA